CAACCGCAAUGCAUCAUGGAAUUAAACAAAUAUGGUGGCCGAAAGUUGACUCCUCUCUUUGAAGAACUACUAUUCAAGCAACCAUCUCUCUGCAAAAUGCAACCACCGCAGCUAACAAUCAUCGCGAGAACCAAUAUAAUAAGAACGCUACUAUGGAGCUGCGAUGAUAUCAGGGAAAGAUCAUUGAUUUUAUCCCAGUUUCGGGAUGACGAUAGCAAAACAUUUCUUGGUGACGAUGUUUUACAUUCGAUAAUCACGGAUUUUCCUGGCGAACUUACAGAUGAACUGCUCACUCUCCUUUCCCCACCACACUUGAGGCACCUAAAGCUCACAGAGUGUUCUCGUGUAACGUGCAAAGGUCUCAUAGAUGUGAUGAUCAAGUGCAGUCACAUCAAUUUUCUGGAUCUCAGUGCGUGUGACCAUCUCAUCCGUCCUACUGUGCUUCGUUGCUUAAAGGACCACUCAGUAAACUUAACCCAUCUAUAUUUGGAAGAUUGUGAAAUGGUCACAGAUGAUGUUCUUCAGAUUAUUAUGAUGUGCUGUCCGAGUCUUCAGCAUUUGAAUCUCUCAAGUUGCAAAAACAUCACUGACAAUGCUUUUGCAAUCAACUCUUCCAACGCUCCUAAUUCUGCCGAGACAUCUCAGCAUGUCCCUUCUCAGAGAGCACUGCAUGCUGGAUCCUGCCUAUCGAGUAUUGACAUCUCUGGCUGUCAGCAUCUAACCAGCACAUCAAUAAAACACUUGGUCGAGUUGUGUGGCCCUACGCUUACCACAGUCAACGUUGCUUGGACAGGCGUAGGGUGUGUUGCUCUGUUGCAUCUUGCUGGCCUGGACUCUAAGUCCUUUGUGAACGUUGUUGAAAAAGCAGAUCCAGAAUGUGCGGAGAUUUUGAAGGUUGUUGCAAACAAAAGUUAUUUUGGUACACAAAAUGAAGAAAAUUACAAUCUCGAAGAACUUGAUUAUAAAAAUGAAAGUGAUACACAAGCUUCAGGGACUUCUGGGAAAGAUAGAUUUCUUUGUGAUAUACCAGAAGAGUUUAGAAAUAAAGCAGCUGUUUUAUCUGAUAAUAAAAACAAAGAAGCUGUUUGUCCAUCUUUACAUUCUACUGAAAGUGAAGAUGAGAGGAGCGUUGUAGCAGCACCAGAAGAAAAGCUCGAUGUUUCUGUCUCUAAAAUUGAAAGUGACUUGUGUGUUUUUAAAGAAACUUCACUUGCAGAUGAGUAUAAACAGGCUCUAUAUGUGGAAGAUAAUACUCAAACAAUAGGAGUUGAAGGGAGGGUCGAAAAUAAUAGCAGCUUUAUCGACAACUCUGUGUGUAUUGAAUUUUUGAAGAUAAGUCAACAAGACAAUCAGAAUUUAGACUCGAGCCAUUCAAUGCAUGAGACCAGAAAUUUUAAAGACAAUGUAACAAGUUCACAUUCUAUUGCAUCGAUUGAUAUCACACCAGGAAAUGCUUAUAUGUUGGCACAAACCAAACCUAACGAAUUUGCUUCCCAAGACCAAGAAUUCCUGAACCAAGUAUCCUGGUUUGAAGAUAUUCUAGAUGAAGGAAGGACAAAGACGUCUGACAUCUUCGGGGACGCGAUUGCAUGCUUGUCAAGUGCGUUAGGAGAUUUAGUAUCUAGCGAUGAUAAUGACGAGGGUGAUGAUGCACUUGUUUACAUUAAGGGCUCACCUGGAACGUCUCUUCCCUGCGAGUGUUCAGAAUCAGAUGAAAUUCUUUGUGAGUGUACUGACCUGACCAUUAGCACCACUGGUACAUGUAUGACUAGCACAGAGUUGUGUUCCUCAUCUCGCUCUGAAAAUGUAGUUAAUACAACAAUAACUGAUUAUAACAAGCUCAUUGAUGCCAAUGACAUUGACAUUGGUUUAAGGUAUUACAGUAGUUUAACUCCUGAUGGGCUACUUAACGGAGGUUUCUCUGAUAAUACAGGGAGUAGAAAUGGUGAUGCUCGGCGAAAGGGCUAUGUCGUUCAAGGAAGUGCUAGUCAGCUUACUAGUGGUCACGUUAUUGAUGUUAUUUAUCUCAAUACCCAUGAUGGUGACAACUAUGUGAAUAAUGCCAAUUGCAGACCUAGCAAAUGUUUAUAUGGUAGCAAUAACGUUGUUUCAACAGAAGAGGAUACUUAUGUUGUUGGUGUUGAUACCAUGGAGAUAGAUGCUGCACCUUUUUCUAAUGAAGUUGAUAAAGUCUUGGUUUGUAGUGCUGGAGAUAUCGGUACCGAUCAAGGUAAAUCAAGAUUAUCUACUGAAAACAACAUUCAAGGUGCUGACUCAGAUCCAUUAUUGACAGACCGGGAUAUCGACAACGAGGUUGAGGAGCUUGAAUCGCAAUUUGCUGAUCUUGACUUCCUCUGGUCUGACUAUGAAAAGCCAAAUGGAUCGCGUUUCAGCGGAGCAAUUACAAGUCUAACAAGAGCUCUUGAGGAUCUUUUAGGAGACUCCGAAAAUGAAGGUGCUAAUAAUUGUGGCAGUAUUGAUGGGAGUGGCAACGAUAAAGGUGGCUUAAUCGACAGGGACACCACAAAUGAUGGAGAUGGUGGCUGUUCUGCUGAAAAUGUUGUAGAUGAGACAAAUGGAAUCGGUAAUUUCAAAAACGAUUGUAGUUGUGCUAGUUACUUUGCUACUGCUGCACCUAAUGACGGUGAUAGUAAACCUAGCGGCGAUAAUAAUGUUGAUCCUUCUGAAGACGACGAAACCUUGACUGAUGAUUACAUUGUUCUAAGCUACAACACCGAGUGCGUUCAUCUUGCCAUAGAUGAAGGUCCUCGUUUCUUCCAGAACAAACUGGCAGUAAAUUCAGAGAUGUCCAAUGCCUCAAUGGCAACAGAAUCGAACAUGCUACCACCAACAACAGGUAUACCCGGACCGGACGGAUUAUAUUUAAACUUUAAACCACAUAUAUUAUCCUUGGAUAUCAGUAAUAUUAGUUUUCACAGUAUAAAGCUAGGCUGUGCUUGCUUGAGAAUGUUCUCUCGUAUCAACACCAGCUUAAGGAGUUUCACGGCGUCUUGGUCCCAUUUGGACGAUGAGACGUUGAUUGAGUUCCUCGGGAAUCAGCCUGGCUUGCGAUCACUCACACUGAUUGACUGCGAGCGUCUCUCUGACAAGUGCAUCAGCAUCAUCCCCACUCUCUGCCCCCACCUGACAUCCAUCGACCUGAAGGGCAUCCCUUACAUCACAGACCAGGGCGUGAUGCCACUGAUGUAUGGCGGGCGCGCGUUGCAGACCGUGUCUCUAGCCGAGGCUGCCAUUACUGACGCCACACUGGUCACAAUAGCGGAGUCCGCCGCGGAAAGGUUGCAAGAUCUAGAUCUCUCCUGGUGUGAGGACGUCACAGAUGUUGGUAUCUCUCGUGUUGCUACGUCUUGUGUCAAUCUUAGAACACUGUCGUUACGUCAGUGCGACGCGUCUGGUGUUUCCAUGGAUAUGCUGACAGCUAACUGUCAUGCCAUGACGUCACUCAAGUUAUCUGGUGUUACAAACUUGACUGAUUCCAUGGUGUCUUGCCUUGCGUUCUACAUGCCUCAGCUUGAUAUUAUCGACUUGAGCUGGAACUCGAGCCUGACAGAUGUGGGGAUAUCCGCUGUACUUUUGCACUGUAGUUGUCUAAAAAAAGCUUGUCUAUCGGGCCUGAAGUUGAUCACAUCAAAACCGUUCCUGCGCAUUAUAGGGGAUCUGUCUCGCUGGCGUAUCAAUCAAGGAAUGCUGCAACUGAAGAAGAAGGCGGAGUCGGGUCCUGGUCACUCGCUCAAGCUUUGCGAUACGGACAUUGCAAAGCGUCCAGAAACAGACCUGCCAUUUCGGUCACAGACCUACGCCCCACUCUUGAAGCAGGUCGUGCUAGAAUACAGCGAUAAAAUCAACGACGACCACUUGGCGCAGAUUGUAGCCGUCUGUAGAGGGACGCUUUUGAUUACAGACUACUAUGCAAUGCCAGUCAAGCCCAAGUGGAUCUACUAGCCUUUGUCGCACUAGAGAAUUUACCGACCGUUAGCCUGUGGUGCUAAGGUGGAUCUCCUGACGAUGGGUAGCCUGUGGUGCCCAGGUGGAUCUUCUGACGAUGGGUAGCCUGUGGUGCCUCUCCCGACGAUGGGUAGCCUGUGGUGUCUAGUUGGAUCUGACGACAGGUAGCCUAUGAAAGUGCAUCUGUUUCCGGGUACCCUGUUGAUUCCAAGUAGCUGUACAGGGACAAUUAGCCAAUUACACUGACGGGUGCCCUGUUGUUGGUUUCGGUAGUUUGUUUAUGCGUGUCAGUAGAAUUGCCUAAAAAGGACUAAAUUAUGUAAAUGACAAAUGUGGCGGUCCUUGAAUGAGAAGCCCUCAUCUCGGGAACCCAAGUGCUGAAGAGUUCUGCUGAAAUAAGCAUUUAAAUUAUCUAAAUGUAGGGGAAUAAAAAUAUGUUUUAUUUAUGUAUUAGGUGUACUUCAUAUAUCAAUAUUAGAAAUGCUUUACUACGCA